CCUGCCUCUGUCCUAUUUGAUCCGGGUGUGUAUCCGAUCCUCCAAUGCCGAUAUAUAAAUGCACAAUCCCGGAGUUGGGGGUCAUAUCCUCAUCCUCUUCAUUCUGUGCUUUGGACACCAAUACAGAAGCUUAAAAGAACAUCAGAUCGACAUGGCAGCACCUUUGAAGAAUAUCAUUGUGGUGGGAGGGUCCUAUGUGGGAAGAGCCACUGCUCAGGAACUCGCACGAGUUGUUCCAGAAACACAUCGGGUCCUCCUGAUUGAACCACAUAGCCAUUUUCACCAUCUCUUUGCUUUUCCACGUUUUGCCAUUGUACCCGGUCAUGAACAUAAAGCUUUCAUCCCGUACACCGGAAUCUUCUCCUCUGUUUCCGGUCCAUCCACACAUGCAGUGGUCCAAGCGAGAGUACUUUCGGUAAACCCACGAUUUGUGACAUUGGACCGCCACAAUUGCCACUGGGACUCGGCUCGCUCAGCCGGCGGCAUGAAAAAUGAUGACAAGGUGUCCUCCGUCGAGUACUUGCGAAACCACCAGGCCGAUAUCAAGCGGGCCAAGUCGAUCCUGAUUGUCGGUGGAGGUGCUGUUGGGGUGCAGAUGGCGACGGACCUCAAGGAGUACUAUCCUGAUAAAGACGUCACUCUUGUACAGUCUCGGACACGAGUCAUGCCUCUAUUCCAUGAGCAGUUGCAUGAGCUGAUCAAAAAGCGACUCGACGAGCUAGGGGUCCGGCUUAUUGUCAGCGCUCGCGCGACCGUACCUUCAGAAGGAGUCCCUACCGAUGGAAAGCCAUUUGAUGUGCAGUUGACCAACGGCAGCAAGGUUUCGACGGAAUUCGUCAUUCUCGCAACGGGCCAACGGCCUAAUAAUGACCUUUUGACUAGUUUGACCCCUUCGAGAUCUGGAUCGUUGAUCAAUCUGGAUAAUGGGUUUAUUCGAGUUCGGCCUACUUUGCAACUACAAGAUGAACGCUUUCCGAACAUUUUUGCCGUGGGUGACAUUGCCGACACUGGUGCGCAAAAGGCCGCUCGACCAGGAUCCGUGCAGGCCGGCGUGGUCGCCAGGAAUAUCCAAGCGUUGAUUGAAGGACGGAGGGCGGAGGAAGAGUAUGCACCAUCGCCUGCAGCCAUACACCUCACCCUUGGCAUGAAAUCGAAUGUCAUAUUCCGCAAUCCGAACACGGCAGAAGGACAGACUGAACCCUGGAUAAACGAGAAGACCGAUGGCCGAGAGGAUAUGGGAGUAGAAGGCUGGUGGGAGAGGUUGGGAGUUCUGGUUGAGAACACUCGCUCGUACCAUCUGUAGUAGUUAAGCCAUAUGAUGAUACCCGAUAGACAUUUCGUUUGUACGGUCUUUGAUUGACCUCUGUCCCCAGAAGUUGCCAUGCCCAAUAACUUUUGUCUAAUAACGUGCCCUCUACAUAUACAGAGGAUGACAUAUAUUUGAGAAAAUCAAGUUCCAACUCACCCAGCUGGCCAUCUUCGGCCUGCUGGAAUACGGC